AUGUGUGGAAACUACUACGGUAACUCCUGUGGCUCUGGCUGUGGAUACGGCUAUGGCUGUGGAUUUGGCCCCUAUUAUGGCCGUGGCUAUGGAUCCGGAUAUGGCUGUGGUUAUGGAUCCGGAUAUGGCUGUGGCUAUGGAUCCGGAUAUGGCUGUGGCUAUGGAUCCGGAUAUGGCUGUGGCUAUGGAUCCGGAUAUGGCUGUGGCUAUGGAUCCGGAUAUGGCUGUGGCUAUGGAUCCGGAUAUGGCUGUGGUUAUGGAUCUGGAUAUGGCUGUGGAUAUGGCUCUGGCUGUGGUUUUUAUGGCUACCGGCCCCUGUGCUAUAGAAGAUGUUACUCUACAUGCUGCUAG